AGGGGCGAAAUAAAAUUACUCACUCGCUGUUCUUCCGUCCUUUCCCCUGUUCGUGUCAUUUAAAUUCAUCGGAAGUACCAGCAGCCGUGCGUGGGAAGCUCAAAUCCAUGAUCAUCCCGAGAUGAUCGAGCUCCCAAGGCCGGAUUUCCCCGGCGGAAACGUUGGCAGAGAUCAAUAGCCUACCCAGAGCAAGAAUCGUGGCGCCGAUCGAGCAACCAGACGAGAUGAGCUGGAAAUCCCUCUUCUGCUCGCCGUCGGAGUCAUUGCUGGCGGCGGCCAGGCUCGCCGGAUCCUACAUCAGAAGAGGUGGCAAGCUCCCCGUCCUUGUCGUGGUCGUCGCCGUCUUCCUCUUCGCCGCCGUCAUGUACGGCGAGGACAUGCGGAGCUUGGCCGAGUACUCCUGGUGGCGCUACAGGGCCCUCUACCCCGCAGACUACAUCGCCGACGACGUCUCCGUGCCGGCGACUUGCGAUCUCUCCGAUGGCGACUGGGUGUUCGACGAUAGCUAUCCCACGUACCAGGAGAGCAGCUGCGAGUUCCUCUCGAAGCAGGUCUCCUGUUUGCAGAACGGCCGGCCGGAGUCCAAGUACCAGAAAUGGCGGUGGCAGCCCAAGAACUGCUCCUUGCCUAGAUUCGACGCGAGACGGAUGCUGGAGUGGCUGCGGGGGAAGCGGAUGCUCUUCGUCGGCGACUCGAUUAACCGGAACCAGUGGGAGUCGAUGGUGUGUCUGAUGCAGACGGCGGUGCCGCGGGGGAGGAGAAGCCGCAUCGUCGACGGAUCUCUCCUUAUUUUUCCGAUCAAGGAGUACCGUACCUCGAUCGAGUUCUACUGGGCGCCGUUCCUCGUGGCGUCGAACUCCGACGCGCCGGAGUUCCACAGCAUCCCGGUGAGGAUCAUCGACCCCGACGCGGUGGAGAAGCACGCGGCGCACUGGAAGGGCGCCGACGUGCUCGUCUUCAACUCGUACAUCUGGUGGAUGAACGAUCCCCAGAUGAAAGUCCUGCGGCCGGGAGCCGGGAACUGGACGGAGCAUGACGAGAUUGGGAGAGAAGAAGCUUACGAGAGAGCGUUGAGGACCGUGUUCCAUUGGGUGGAUCGAAGCUUGAACCCCAACAGCUCCGCCGUCUUCUUCAUGAGCAGGUCCCCCGCCCAUGAUCGGAGCACGGACUGGGGCAAAUCCGACGGGAUCAAGUGUGCCAAGGAGACGGAGCCGAUCCAGAACAUGACCGGAGUGCCCAUCGCGUCGAAGAUGUGGGAAGUGGCGAGGAAGGUGGCAGGCUCGACUGCGCGCGUGCCGGUCACCUUCCUCGACAUCACGGCCAUGUCGGCGCGGCGCAAGGACGCCCAUGCGUCGGUGUACACCAUGCGGCAGGGGAAGUUGUUGUCGCCGGAGCAGAAAGCGGACCCGGCCAAGUUCGCGGAUUGCAUCCACUGGUGCGUGCCGGGCCUACCGGAUACUUGGAACCAACUGCUCUACGCCCGGCUCCUCUCCCGCCGGCCGCCCCAAUGACGGUAAAGGUUUUCCUCUUUCAUCUGCGGCGACGGUGGUACACUGGUACCAUAUCCAUUUUAUCGGUUUUUGCGAAAACGGCUGUGGCUAUUUUAAAUGACCGGAGUUAUUUUUCUUAGAGAUUAAUUUAACUUCGUAAAAUAAAUGUGGCUGUAGUUUAGUGGUUAGAAUUCCACGUUGUGGCCGUGGAGACCUGGGCUCGAAUCCCAGCAGCCACACUUUUUUCAAAAUUUUAUUUUCUAUAAUUUUUAGGCCACAUUUCCUUCAUUCUAAAAAAUAUGUAUUUACUUAUUUAUUUUACACUGAUUAAUCUUAAACGCUGAGAUAAAUUUAUUUA